AUGUCAGGCAGAGUCGCUGCUUUCCUCCGGAGAAACGAAUCUCGCCCGAAGAGCUCUGUGCCGGACCAUGUCGGCGUUGUUACUGGAUUGUCAAUGUGGACCCCUUCCAGAGCGGAGCAUCGUGCUCGUCGCUUGUCUGGACCCGGACGAUCGCCGAGUGGAAUCUUUCUUUGUGACCAGCUGUCUCUCAGACUGUCUCAGUAUUCAUGCGAGGCUCUUUGGCUUCCGAAAACUCUCCGAAAUGAUUUGUGCUGCGGAUAAAUCGGGCGAAUACUCUUCGGCGAGUCUUGAAAGGAUUAAGGUGAGGUUGAGGCCAGACUGAGAGGUACGCUAAAUCUGACCUCACUUCGGAAAUUGAUGAGGUGCUUGCUUCCCUUUCUCCGAAGUGCGAACACUAAACCGCACAUUCCGUAUUCGCGAUGCUCGUCCGGUCAGUAGUGGUAGGCGGCUGAACGUCUUCAUCACAGUCAAGCGGGUGCAAUGAAUGAGAGCCAGAGCCGGAGAAAGAAAUUGGUCACGGAUCCAGAGCUGCGUGCUUGCCCUGAGCUUAGAUCUAUUGCGUUGUCAUACAAGUCGGU